GGCAGCAGGCAGAGGCACGUCAGGCUGGACAGCAGGCAAGGCAGGGCAGCGGGCACCGGGCCAUCAGGUGGAGCAGCGGGCACCGGGCCAUCGGGCGGAGCAGUAGGCAAGACAGCGGGCACCGGGCCAUCAGGCGGAGCAGCAGGCACCGGGCCAUCAGGCGGAGCAGCGGGCACCAAGUCAUCUAGCAGAACCGCAGGCACUGGGUCACCAAGCUCGACAGCGGGCACCGAGUCAUCUGGCACGACAGCGGGCACCGAGUCA